UUAACACGAAAGUAUUAUAUGAGAGAAAAUAUAAAAAUAUAUGUAAAGUAAUGUGGUAAACAUUCCUUACCUUUCUUGAAAUUGGUGAAAUGUUUACUUUAUAUUUAAUUUCAAUGUUUGAUAGUAAACAAGGCUUUGAACCUGAGGUUAUGUUUUGCUGUAGUUUAUGGCACAACACAGCACUGACUCAAAUCAUGAAGUGGAGUGAAAGAUGUAUGAAGUGAUGCCAUUCUAAUGCAAAAUGAUACUGGACUUGGGUGGUGCAUCAUCAUACCAUGCCCUUGGCAGUAAGGAGGUAUUUUGUCACUGGCUGAGUCAUGUGAAGUUGUCUCGUAUCAUAAUUCUGGUCUCAGUUGUGCUGAUCAUCGUUCCACUUAUUACACAUUACUACUUGUCAAAGGUUGAAAGCAACGUGCCAAAUGGAGAUGUGCACCGUACACGAUCCAAACUGGAGGCUUUUGAAGACUUCAGUACUCUCAAAGCAUCUGACUUGAAACUCCGCAUAGAAGAAAUGUUGAGGAUUAAAGGAUCAGUUAGUGCAGAACUCCGUGAUCUUGAGGCCAAGAGACAGCGGUUGCAAUUAGAGGUGGUUGGUUUCACGCAACGCAUUGAUGAGCUGAAACUGGAAAUGAUUCAUCAGCAGACAGAACUUGAGCGACUCAAGAUUUCAGUUGAACAAGCCCAAGUUGCUCAGAGGGAAGCCCUUCAGAGGAAUACUCCUGACCUAGCUCUUCCUCGGAGACUCCUGCCUUCUUCGCCCCCUGAAGAAUUUCUCCCAAGAAGAGCAGGAGAGAAUCUUUCUUGCCGAAUGUAUAAUUGCUUUGAUUUCUCCCGGUGUUCACUUACUUCUGGUUUUCCUGUCUUCCUUUAUGAUCCUGAUCACUAUCCAGUCAUUGCACCAGGCUGGGAAGUUGAAGGUUUUGUGAAAACCACACUGAAGCAGACUCUUGGUUAUAAUCCACAUUUCACAUCUGAUCCAAAAGUUGCGUGUGUAUAUUUAGUAUUAGUUGGUGAAGCUUUAGCUGUAUCUGGUAGAAAGAAUAUUCAUAAUAAUGACACUAAAGUACCUGCGAAAUCUAUCCAAGAAAAGCUUUUGCACAAUCUUCCGUAUUGGGGAGGGGAUGGACGGAAUCACAUUUUACUCAAUUUUGCUCGCAGCAGUAGUGUCCAUGAUAGCAGGGAUACGUCAACUGGUGGGCGUGACAUAUUUGUUGGCAUUGAUACUGGACGAGCCAUGCUUGUUCAGUCAACGUUUACGCGAUCCACAUUUCGCCGUGGUUUCGAUGUUGUAACUCCUCCCAUUUUGGGUCCUCCAGGAGGAGAUGUGUGGCAAGACUGCCCAUCUAUGUUGCCUGCGCGGCGACGAUACCUCUUAUCAUUUCAAGGAGAAUUCCAUUAUUCAUCAAAUCUAGUCACACUGAAGGAAGCCGUGGUAAAGAGUAUUGCUGACACUGUUGAUGAUGUGAAUGAUGCUGACCUCAAUGACCAUAGGGAAGAUUAUAUGUCUGAAUCAAAAACAGAAGCUGGUGGUAUUGAUAUUCAGGAUAAUAUUAACAGAUUUAUAAUGGAACACUUGCAUGGAAUGGCAUAUGGAUCGACAUCCGACCAAUUCCUCUUUCACUUUGAGUGUUCCAUGCUAGUUAGUUCGCCAAACACUGAAGAGACAACUAAAAAAUUUAAUACUGGUAGGUGGCUGCCCAGUAUGAGGAAGGUUUCUGAUUUCUCAGACUUGUGGGGAGAAUGGGCCCUUUGUGGAACGGAAUCAUCUCGAAUAAAUGUUUUAAAAGAGUCGACAUUUGCUCUCGUAAUGGCACCAACAAAUUUUAGCUUGGUGUCGACCACAGUGGUGCAGAUACGAGUGUAUGAAGCAGUUAAAGCUGGUGCAAUACCUGUUCUGCUGGGAGGAGAUCAACUUGAGAUGGCUUAUGGAGAAGUUGUAGACUGGCACAAAGCUGUUCUCUUUCUGCCAAAGGCACGGAUCACAGAGAUGCAUUUCUUUCUUCGUUCCAUAUCGGAUUCAGACUUAUUAUCAUUACGACGUCAGGGUCGUCUGGUGUGGGAACGUUAUUGCUCUUCAGUGCAGAGUGUAGUGGAUACUGUUGUGGCAGUCUUGCGGGACAGGCUUGCCAUCCCUCCUCUUCCCAUACAAGAUGAACCUUCACCCAGUGUAUUCAAUUCUACAUUCACACCUCUACGAACUGAAGCUGUGGUAUCAGAAACAGAACCAGAAGAGAGUCUUGGGCCAAUUGAACCACCUUAUCCUUCGCCUCGUUUUAAGCGCAACUACACAGUCUUCCUAACACAGGGUCACGAGAUGUGGAAUGACUGGGGUGAUCCAUUUUGGCUCUACCCACAAUUACCCUUUGAUAUACUUUUGCCGUCUGAUGCAAAAUUUGUUGGUUCUGGUAUGGGAUUCCGCCCCAUCGGAAGGGGUGCUGGUGGUGCUGGAAAGGAAUUUUCAGAAAGUCUCGGAGGAAACAAUCCCCGGGAGCAGUUUACCAUCGUUAUGCUGACAUAUGAAAGAGAACAGGUACUGAUUAAUUCUCUGAGUAGAUUGUAUGGACUGCCAUACCUGAACAAAGUUGUUGUCAUAUGGAACUCUCCCAAACCACCUCUAGAAGAUUUACAUUGGCCUGACAUAGGAGUCCCCAUACACGUGGUGAAAGCAAGUCGAAACAGCCUGAACAACAGGUUUCUCCCAUAUAGUGCCAUUGAAACUGAAGCCGUGCUUUCAGUAGACGAUGAUACACACCUACGACAUCAUGAAAUUGUUUUUGGCUUUAGGGUGUGGCGAGAACAGCGGGACAGAGUAGUUGGCUUUCCUGGUAGGUUCCAUGCCUGGGACCUCAAUUAUGGAGGAUGGCUCUACAAUUCCAAUUACUCAUGUGAGCUGUCUAUGGUGUUAACAGGUGCUGCAUUCUUUCACAAGUAUUAUAUGUAUCUCUACUCCUACUGGCUGCCUCAGGCUGUAAGAGACAAAGUGGAUGAGUACAUGAACUGUGAAGACAUUGCAAUGAACUUCCUUAUUUCGCACAUCACAAGGAAGCCACCAGUCAAGGUGACUUCUCGCUGGACUUUUCGCUGUCCGGGAUGCCCAGUAUCCCUAUCUGAAGAUGAUACACAUUUUAAAGAAAGACACAAAUGUAUUAAAUUUUUUACACAGGUGUUUGGAUACACUCCACUACUCAACACUCAGUUUAGGGCAGAUUCAAUACUCUUCAAGACCAGAAUUCCUCACGAUAAACAAAAGUGUUUCAAAUUCAUAUGAUGCGUUCAUAUCAUUUCAUUUUGGGAAUGUUUGUUUACAAUUUGUCUUUAUAAUUGAUUAUAAAUACAGCUUCUAGCCAUUUUAAUAUAAUCACAGACUGAAUACUUGUCUGAACAGAUGAAAUUAACAUGUUCAUAAAUUAUGGUUCAGUGAAGCAGAACAGCUUGUGUGUCUUGAGGGUUUUUUUUUAAAAUUUCUGUUCUAGUUGUGGUGCCAUGUUAAUGAAGAAUUUCAUUAGUAAAUUCUAGAAACAUUUAUGCUUUACUUAACAGCUGACAAUGUUAUUUAUAUUUUAUAUAUAAUUUGUUUAACUUAAUAUGUUGAAAAAUGUGUCAGGUAUGAUGGAAAUGGUGCAACAAACCAAAUUAUCCAAACUGGAAUAUCAGUGUAAAAAGCGGCCCAUCCACGUACGAGUCUGUUGCGAGUCCGGCUCGGCUCGGGUUCCAUUGAGCCAAACUCAUUUGUGGGUGGGGUGUCAUGAGCCGAGUCUGCUAUGCAUGUGUGGUGAAAUACAUCCGAGCCCGGCUCACGAGUCAAGAUCGCCGAGCCAGACUCGUACGUGGAUGGGCCUCUUAAGUGUUUUACAUAUUGAUGAAAACUAUAUGUGUAAAUAAAUCACCACAUAUUUACUUGCAUUUCCUCAUAAUCAUAGUAAAACUAAUGUAACAUUCGCCAAAUGAGGCCGUGAAGUUCGAGAUGCACGACUUAAUGACUGCGAAGCAGAAGUUGUGCCAGCGUCUGUCAGAUUACUUAUUAUAUAGCAAAGACUGCUUGUGAAAUCCCAAACUGAUCUGUUAACCUUUUCCAUUUUAAACAAGUGUACUUAGUUAAUACACUUCUGUUGCUUAUCUGGCAAUAAGGAAAUACUACCGCCAGUAUGGCAACUGCAUCCAGGUACAGUACAUGCAAUACACAAACGCAUAUUGAAACAGGCCUCUCUAAUCUUAUGAUCACCCUGACACCAUUGAUUUCCUCUUACAUGAAGAAAUAGAAGUCUGUAACUUCCCAUUCAAUUUAUUGCAGGGACAGUUUCCUUUCUAUCCAGACUGAAGCUCUUCAAACGCAUAUAACUUCAUCAGUUUUAUCUGCAAUUAAAUUUAUAUUUCCCUUGAUAAUCUAUGGGGUCUGCAGUUGCCGCACAGUUUAAGGCAUGGGCCUUGGUCACUGGGACCGUGGGUUCGAAUCCCUCUCAAGCCAUGGAUGUUUGUCCGCGUUUUUCUGUGUUGUGCUGUCCUGUGUACAGGUAGAGGCCUUGCCGAUCCCUCGUCCAAGGAGUCCUACCGAAUGUCGAUAGAUCAAGCCAACGUAAAGUUGGAACCCGCAGUGCUAACCAGUAGCACAGAGUUGCACAUCCAUAAGCUGUGGGUGCCAGCUUGCUUGAGGAAGAUCCAGAUUAAACAUUUAAAUAUCGUAAUUGCUGUAAUAGGAAAACUGUUGAAAAGUGAUUAUUUAUAAUUCUUUUAUGUCUUGUGUAUUUUUAUCACAUUAUUACUUGUUAAUAGAUAAAGAAAUUACGUUUUAAUAUUAACAGAUGUUUGAAAUACUUGGUAAAUUUAACUCUCUCAGUCCAUUCUCCACAAACAGUUGGCAAGAUCUUGGAACCAUGUUUUCAUGACAACAUAAUGUACGCUCUUGAGGAAUCUUGUAAAGUGUAAUUUGGUAGAUUUGCUGUAUGGAAGUAUUGAUGUCAACUUUUGUCCAUAAAGUUACAUCUAAUCUUAAAGUGUUGAACUGUUUUAUUUGAAUAGUUAUUGUAUUGUGGUUAUGGCACGAACUAUGAGGUGAGACGUACUUGAUUUAUCAGCCUUUCAUGACUUAGGCCUAGUGCCAUGUGUAUGUAUAUAGACAUAUAUUGUCGUGUCAUAUCUUUUACAGUGCAAAUGCGUUGCAUGUGGUAGCAUUUCAUCUUGAAAAAAUAAAUAAAAUUCUUCAGGUUUCCCAUUAAUCCACCAGCAA